GAGAUGGCAUUCAAAGGCAAAGCGGUCGACUCCAAGACCGUGCUCUCCAAUCUGCUGCUAUGUCUGGUGAUGUUUUACUCGCUUUUCUACAUGAUUGGGAGCGUGUGCUUCGGUGCCUUCAGGUUGGAUCACUUUGAUGGAUUGAUUCCAUUCGACUUUAAGACCGAACCUGCUGAAUCCAACUCCAAAUACUUGGUGAACCUCCUGUCCUUGGAGCUCACCUACUUUUGUAGCGGCCUUUGUUUUGCUGCAGUGGUGAGAAGGAGGGUGUGGGACUACGCCCUCACGGUCACACUUCUUCAUGUAAUGAUCACCAGUCUAGUUAUGUUGGAGUUUCCCACGGUGUGGCAGUGGUGGCUAGCUUUAGGUAGCGGCUUGUUUCUGAUGAUAUGCAACGGUCAGCUGAUAGCUUACUUCACUUGCCAGAGUGACCAGAGCUACGCCUCCUUCAGCUUUUACUGACAUACAGGAAGCCACUGCUAUGAACUGUAUGAACUGCUUCUUAAAUAGUCUUGUGAAGAAGGAUCAGACCAGAUGCUCUCAUCCUGGAGACACCCAUUAGGUUCUCAACAGUGACAGGCUUUUUGUGUUUGUCACUAAAAAAGACUCCUUACCUCUUCAUCACCAUUACACAUCAAGUGUUUGAACACACUGGCAUCCUUAGGUUUUAUGUUAAUACCAAUACUCUCUGCAUAUUGCUUGUGAUGCACAAUGCCUCUGUUACUGUGCAGGAUUCUAAGGCAGCCUGUGAAGUAUUUUCAGAA